AUGGACGACGAGCGACUACCCAAACGACUCUUCUACGGAGACGUCGCGACGGGUUCUCGUCGUCAAGGAGGCCAAAUUCGCCGUUACAAGGAUACCCUGAAGUCCUCCCUGAAGCGCCUGCAAAUCAACCCGACCAACUGGGAAGAGCUCGCCCGCGAUCGUCCGACAUGGAGGAGAACAGUGAAGACGGACGCUGCUAUCUAUGAAGCCAACCGAAUCGCCGCCGCCAAAGCGAAACGCGAAGCCCGCAAAUCACAACUUCGCCCAGUCCGCAACGCCGCCGCACAACCUCUCCCUACGUGUCCUCGAUGUCAACGGACAUUCCGGGCACGAAUCGGACUUGUUGGACAUCUUCGAAUCAACUGCAUCUCUCGAACUGCUCCAGCCACCGUCCCCCCGCCCGCCUCUUCCUCGUCCUCUCUGCCGCCAACUAACUGUGACACUCCUUCUGCACCACCACUUCCAUCCUCCUCCUUCUCCUCCACUGCCCCAGCGGUGGCCAUUCAGGCUGCCGUCUCACACAUCACCAACCCCAACACAACAACCGCAACCACCCCCACCUCUCCCGAUUCCAGUGAUGAGGAUCAGGACUACACCUGCCCUCACUGCGACCGCACCUUCACCUCACGCAUCGGCCUGGUCGGUCACUUGCGAAUCCAUCGCACAGAGACUGGCGAACCAGUGCCUGGAGCACCAACCUACACCCACCGCACUCGCCUCCACUGCCCACAAUGCCCUCGCACCUUCACUCAUCGCAUGGGCCUAUUCGGCCACAUGCGCAUCCACGAGAGCGGCAUUGACCGCAGCCUUGACACACCCACAACGCUAGGCCCCACUCCCAAUCCAUCACCUUGUGCACCCACCAACUUCUCCGCAACCGCCGUCGAUGCCACCGACUUUACCACCCCUCACUCCGCCCCUCCUACUCCUCUUCCUCCUUCACUGCCACAACGACGGCCGCUUCGGCGUCUGUCGCCCACGACUUCACCACAGCUGCACCUGACACAACAACAGGCACGACCCCUGCAACCUCCAUCAUCAGACGUGAGGGCCAGGACUACAUCUGCCCUCACUGCGAUCGCACCUUCACUUCACGCAUCGGCCUGGUCGGUCACUUGCGACUCCAUCGCACAGAGACUGGCGAACCAGUGCCUGGAGCACCAACCUACACCCAGCGCACUCGCCUCCACUGCCCACACUGCCCUCGCACCUUCACGCAUCGCAUGGGUCUAUUCGGCCACAUGCGCAUCCACGAGAGCGGAAUUGACCACAAUUCCGAUACACCAACCACGCCCGUCAUGCCCAGCACCACCCUCGUACCAUCCGUCUGCACCACCGCCAACGCCUCCUCUGUAG